AUGGAGACCCAGGACAGUAUCGAUAUUGCCCAUCUGCAACGCGUCGCGUUGGGACUUGAGCACGAACAACUUCAGCCAGAUAUCGCCGGACAAACGAAAAUUGGUAGCCCCUCGCAAACUCAGUUGAUCCAUUCAAAUAAAAUUAUAAAUCGCUCCAAUCUCGAAGGUUCCCCGACGGCCCCCCGGCAAUUAUCCCCAACGCCUUCGGACCCUACGAGCUCCUCUCAGAAGCGAAACCCUCCUUCGCUCCACCGACACUAUGAAACAAACCUCAUGAAGCCUCCUAGUCAGCCGAAUCAGUCCAGACCAGUUUCUGGGUCACAACCUCCAGCAAUGGACCCCACGGAUGUCACCCCGAGCGACACCCAAGUUGUCUCACAAUCAAUUUACGAUAGCAUCAUUCAACGAAAUGGAGAGUCUAUGUAUGGAGGAGUUUCUCAAACCGGUGCAGAUAACGCUACUCUUAUGACGCUGCAUGAGGGCGACAGUGGCCAUAUCGAUCUUCUCGCUGAAUUUGAUACUGCCCGCCACGAAGCCGACCUUUCUCCAAUUCCAGAUGAAGAAAGUAACUAUGACCCGACCGAAUCUUCGCCCAUGGCAUACCAGCCCGAGCUUUUUCCCGAAUCCCAGCGUUUUAUGGCAACGACCCCUGGCACUACGAUUAAAAAACCCCAUACGCCAGGCACAUCGAUGGAGACGCCCACACUCUCAAGGAAUCCUCUUGCCGGAGACAUAGAAUCGAGCGGGGGACUCAUGGGCUUGAGCCAGCUCUUCAAGGCAACCCAGGCGCCAUCAUCUCCUCUGGUUCAUGGCCAACAACCGGAAUUUGUGUCAGACCGUCCAUCUCCAAAUAUACCUAUUCAGCGUCCCCAGAUCGCCAACAAUAUUUCCUCGCCGCUGGUUCAUUUUGCGAGAGAGUCAUCGGAACCGAAUCUCAACUACAUAUCUAUGAAGGAAUCGCAAUCAAGGCGUGACAAAUCUCUAGGAGAGCGGUUGACUCGGUCCGCGGAUGAUAUGCAUUCGGAUGACCCGCUCGACCAGGAGUUCAACAAGGAAUCAAGCUUCGUCGAAAAUGCAAGGCGAAAGCGAGUUUUUGAUGAAGAAACUGCCGCUCAAUUUGCGGCUCUAAAUGCCCCUGCCCAGUCUGAGGACCGUGCUACUUCCCCAGAGUAUCCAGAUAUGCAUGUUGUUGAAACGGGAGCUGCUGGAAGUGAAGAAGAAACGGAACAAGAGGAUGACAUGGGUCCUCAAGUCCCCCAGUCACAGGAACUUCCUCAUUCUUCAGAAGAGGACAAAGAAAACUACCCCAGUAUGGUAAUUGAGAUUGACAGUGCACACGAUCGGCUCUCACAAGUCCUUGGAAUAGAACAUGGACCAUUAGCUCUAGCCGAUGCAAGACCGGAGCAUGAUAUUGGAAUUGCUCAGCUUGACCCCAAUGAUAGGGAUCCGCAUUCUAAUCGGUCUUCCCAAAUUAUGGUAAAAGACUCUCAACAAUCACCGCAACCAACACCCAGGCCUAACAACCAUGAGGCCCAAGCCGAGCAGCAACCAUUUCCACUGCAGCUUGAUUCAAAACUUAACAACAUUGAUAAUGUCAAUGUCUCAUCUAUCCGACGACGCAUUCAGUCUUCGCCCCCUCCUUCCCGACCCGAAGAUCGGCGCUGCUCGGAUGCCAACUCUCCAACGCAGAGCCAUCAGGUCGAAAUGGUCCAGAAUACGUCGUCAAACGAGAAUUCACGCCUUAGCUCUAGCAAUCCACAUGCAUUGCCAAGGCCCGGGCCGUUUUCUAACAGUUCCCAAGGUGGCUCCGGGAAUAAAUCUUCGUCGAUGCCCUCGCGUGUUACCGAAACACCUGUUCACCUACGCCCAGAUCUUGGCGAUAUGGCUAGGUUAACAAGUAUCCCAGAGACAAGUCCUAGCCACAAUCAAGCUCAUGAAUGGGAAGCCGAGUCAAAUGAUGAUCAAAUGAACAAUGAAGAUGAUGACCUUCCUCCUAUGCACCCUACUGAAAGUGUUCAUCGUGUUGGUCAGUUGCGGCACUCGCAAUCCCGUGCCCUUUCUUCCCCAAUCAAGACCCUUGUGUCCCAGGCACAUUCCCAGAUUCUGUCCAGCCCCAGUGGAAGACAACGCCGUGCAUUGACUGAGAUUGCCUCGGACUGUUCUCCUCAAGUUGAUUUCAAGAUCGGGGACAUUGGUCUGGAUUUCUUCACUGCCGACGAUGAUCAGUACAACUCCUUGGUCAUUGAUGGAUCUCCGACUCGCCCUAAAAAAAGAAGGCGAGGCAACCUCGGCCAGAGCUUUGGCCAGAGCCUCAAUACAUCUGACACUGCAGCUCCUGCAACACCUCGCGCACAGCCCCCCAAGACUACAGCGCCCAUCCGCGAGAGCCCCGCUCAACAGAUUACUUCCACAGUAGUUCAUGAACCUGCGCCUGCCCGCAGACAGUCCAGACCCGCUGCUAGAGACGAAAAUGUAUGGGAAAUCGGAGACUCUCCUCAGCAACCGAUCGUGCGACGAAGAUCAAGGCACAGUAGAGUGACUGCUCCUCGGGAUAUGAGAAAGCGGCCUAUGCAAGCACAGAAGCCAGAGGUUCAAGAGCCUGAUCAACCCGUUGUCGCCCAGAAGCCUGAAUCAGUUGCAUCUUCUGAACUCACUGAGCUUACUGAUGCUGAUAUCGACUCCGACCGGCCUCCAUCAGACAGCAACGCCGCCAACAGCCCUCCUACUACACCUCGACCUGCCCGGGAAUCUUCUGAUAAUACCAUAAUUGCUCCUCAUCAAGUAAUCGCUGUGUGGAUGGGCCAAAAACAAGCAUACUACCCCGCGACCUGCUACGGAACACCACUUGGGGUCCCGCAAACAAAAUACUCUGUGAAAUUCGAAGACAGUCUCCCCGUUGACGUGAUAAAAGGCCUUGUCAAGAGGUUGGAGCUCCGUGUCGGUGAUGCUGUCAAGGUCGACAUGCAUGGUGUCCCAAAGGUCACACACAUUGUUCGCAGCCUGGAGGAUAAAAUCACAAAGGAAGAGCUUUUUCAGCAUGCUGAUAAAGGGUUCUACCCCCAAACCGACAUCUACGGCCAUACUUCGGUUAUCCUCGGACCCAAGCAACGCAAAAGUCUCCCUAAUAGCGGCCUCAACAACAGUGAGAAUGUGAUCAAGGUACCCAUUGGUCGAAUUUACCUUGAUAUGACUCUGUGGAAUCAAUUCAAAGAUCGAGCCUUUACCUAUCAUCAGCCCGAGCCCGUGCCUCGGGCAACUGUCUCUCAUACACCGGAAAAGUCAUCCCUACCAGCAACCCCCAGCACUCGUUUCUCUCGCUCUAUCCAAUCUGCCAGCGGCAUCUUUGCGAAUAUGGCCUUUGCGGUGUCUUUUACGGAAGACGACGGAUCUAAAGAUCGUGUUUCCAAACUCAUCACGGAUAAUGGUGGCUCGAUCUUGCUUGAUGGAUUUACAGAACUGUUUGAAACCUCGUCAAUCGUUCCAUUUGAUUCACCAAUGAAAGGUGACAAGACCCAGUCUGGUAGCCUAGGUCUACGCUUAACAUCUCUGGCUGAAAAUGUGGGCUUUGCAUGCCUCAUUGCAGACACACAUUCCCGCCGUGAAAAGUACAUGCAAGCCCUGGCACUGGGUCUACCCUGUCUCUCGGGCCGCUGGGUAGAGGACUGUGUUGCAAAGGGCCGCGUUAUCGACUGGGAUGUGUAUCUUUUACCAGCCGGUGACUCCACUUAUCUAAAUGGGGCCACAAAAUCUCGAAUGAUGGUACCGACGCCACCUUGUGACACCCGGCUAUCCGAUACCAUUGCUGCAAGACCGAAAUUACUUGGCGGGAAGUCUGUGCUUAUUGUGACUGGUCGAGGCAAAGCAGAGAAAAAGCGCCGAGCCUAUAUCUUCCUCACAUUUGCGCUUGGUGCUUCCCGUGUAGAGCGCGUACCCGAUCUCGAAACUGCACGCGCAUUGAUGCAAUCCCAGUCCGAGGCCUCACUACCUUGUAGCUGGGACUUGGUCUAUGUCGAUGACGCAGACCAAUCUUCCGCGAAGUCUAUGUUAACUCCGAGACCGAAGACACAGAAAAUCUCUCUGGUCCAUGGGAAGAAGCGCAAGCACUCGGCUGUAUUCACCUUGACGAAUCCCGCUGACGAUUCAUUGCCCACUGUUCAAGUGGUUGGAAAUGAGUUUGUUUGUCAGAGUUUAAUCUUGGGCAGGUUGUUUGAGGAAUGA